AUGGUUCUGUUGGGGAAGUUGGAGUAUGACCAACGGCCAUAUUCUGGCGAGCAACUGACUGUUCAGAGUUCGCUCUAUCCACAUGUACGGCGCGUGCAACAGGCUAUUGGAAAAGUUAUUGAAACUCAAACUCAGACUGGUGAGAACCCAUACAGCUCCGAGACAGAAGGCCUUAUGACAGUAUUGGCUUUACCCGGCAGUGAGGUGGAUCCCAACACCAGUGCGCCACUUGGAAGCGAUUUGACUGCCAUCUUCUAUCAUGCGUCUAUGUUUAGAACGCUAAUGACAAAAGAUUCCCUCAAUCCUCAGUCGCUGCUAAAAGAGUUUGUCACAUGCAGCCACCCUGGGCUAAUGAAGUCGCCCGGUAAAAGCCCCACAUUCUUUAUUUUCAGCGAGUCUGGUAAGUAUCUUAUUAAGCAACUAAAGCCCAAGGAGCUUGUUCUCAUGCUAAAGAUCUGCGCAUCAUACGGGCGGCACCUUCUAGAUAACCCUAGCUCACUUCUCAUCCGGAUCUACGCAAUGUUCACUAUCACUACCGGUAAGCCCGGCACUUCUUCAGCGCCACAUAGGACCUCCAAGCAUGGUAAGCAUUUUAUUAUCAUACCAAACCUUUUCGCCACUCCUCGAAAGAUAGUUGAGCGGUAUGACCUGAAGGGCUCCUGGGUUGGCCGGCACACAAAGCUGCAUGCUCCUGAUGAUCGGGCCAAAAAGACCUUGAAGGACACAAAUAUGGAGAACUACAUUUACCUCACAACCCUCCGGCGGCGGCUCCUGAUCCAUCAGCUCAAGGCAGACUCAGAUUGGCUCAAGCAGCACAACCUGAUAGACUACAGCCUACUCUUGGGUCUCACGGACGAUAUCCCGUGUAUUCAGGACAGAGAGCGUGACGAUGAUCCCGCAGCGGCCCCGGGCACGCCAACCAACAACACUAUCGAAGCCGAUAAAGUCCACAGCGAAGAUGCCAAGACCCCUGUGCAGCGCUUCUACGACCGCCUUCUUGCUGCCAGCUCCCCGAGAACCAUCCUCAGCACGCGGGACGUCUCGGACAUGCUGCCCCCGGUGGGCCACAGCAUCGCGGCCGGGGGGAGCCGGGGGACGUCCGCGUUCCUCGCCGCGCUGCCCCCCGACGAGUACCUCCGGGAGGUCUUCCGGCGCCGCUUCACGUUCGAGGCGGCCAUCCAGAGCAGCGACAUCUUCCACAGCGAGGAGGGCGGGCUCUACGCGUUCUCCCCCGCCUGCGCCCUGGGGCCCACGCUGCGGGGGUCGGCCCUCUACUACCGGGUCCUCCACAUGGGCGUCGUCGACUUCCUCACCGAGUUCAGGAGCAUCAAGCACGUCGAGCGCAGGGCGAAGGGGCUGUGCGCAGACAAGGACGGGAUCUCCGCGGUCCCGAGCGACGCGUACGCAAACCGGUUCAUGCGCUUCUGCAGGGUGAUCUUCCAGGUCCCCGUCUCGGAGGACAGCGGGCUCCGGUGCGCAGACUGCUCCGAGAUCACGAUCUACGAGGAGACCGAGCAGUAG